AUGUCAUCAGCUUAUCAAAUUUAUCGUUCAACAACUAUUGGUUUGGCUCUUGACGAUACUCUUCACGAACUUGUUCAUCGUCAGAUACUUUCUUCUCGUAUUGUUCAUUAUAUUCUUAAUGUAUUUGAUGAAAUAAUCAAUAAAAAAUUGACUUGUCAAUCAAUAAAAGGAAAAAAAGAAGGUUGUCUUUCCUUCAAAGGUCAUCUUUUGUCAUAUAGAUCAUGUGAUCAAGUAUGGACAUUACUUUUUAAUUCAUUUAUAUUGACGUCAAAUAUUGAUUCAUUAUCGAAUAUAAGUUUAACCAUUCAGAAUAACAAAAUAAAAAUAAUCACUUGUCCUUCUAACAAGUCAAAUUUAUCUAAUACUCAACAAAUAACAACAAAUGAAGAUGAUCUUGAGAUAAAAUCAAAAUCUUCCAAAAAAUUUAAAUCUACAUAA